UCCGUUUGCGAGCUCUUCCUUUCUUCUUCCGGUUGUUGAUGAUCGAAGUUCAUCAUGGCCGAAACUCAAGCUAAGGCAGCGACUGCCAAAAAGUCUGGCAGGAUGUACAGCAAGGCUGUUUUUACUGGUUACAAGCGAGGCCAUCGCAACCAGCACGAGACCACUGCCCUUUUGAGGAUUGAGGGAGUCAUCAACAAAGAUGACACCGAGUUCUAUCUGGGAAAAAGAUGCGCAUACGUGUACAAGGCCAAGAGGCUCACCGCUUGCCCCGGCCAUGACAAGCCAAGCCGCUUGAGGGUUAUCUGGGGCAAGGUGACCCGCCCACACGGGAACAGUGGUGCUGUGCGAGCCAAGUUCAGGAAAAAUCUGCCCAGCAAGGCUAUUGGGAAACGAGUACGCGUGAUGAUGUACCCAUCAAGAAUUUAAUUGGCUGAAGUAAUAAAAUCCUGAAAAAAUA